UUUUGAGGUUUGGCGGAAGUAAUACAUGUUUGUGUGUGUGGUAUAUUAUAAGGUAAUAAAAAACGAAGACGAAAUUCGCUUAUUUAAAGGCAAUAUAUCAGUAGUGGGUUAACGCAAAACAUCAUCACAUUCUUCAUAAUCAGACAGAUGGGUUCAGUGCCGAGUACCUCGAGUUCAAAUGGUUACCAAAUCCCAUUCGACCCUUUACCUAGACGGCCUGAGCAGGUCAAUCCAAGUGCAUUAGACCCAACUCCAUAUCCCGCAGGUAAGUCUCAAGGUGAGACAACAUUCCGGAUAAGAGAGCGCCAUUUCUACAACAUUAAAUCCACCACGAUACUACAGAAAGAUGAACUGACAUGUAACGUUACUGGAAUUACACAACUUCCCGACGAGUCCAUAGUGCUCGUAGAUUCCAUGAAUUGUAAAGUCAAACUUCUAGACAAAACUUUCAAAAUUGUAUCACAAAUACGGUUGCCUGAUUGGCCAAUGGAUGUUUGCAUCAGUACGGACGACAUUGCUGCUGUUACUGUCUGCGACAAACGUCAGAGACACGAAGUACAUUUUAUUUCUGUCAAAAACAACGAUUUAAAAACAGAGAAAAUGUUUAAACUGAACCACGAAUGUAGUGCCAUUGGGAGUCACGAUGGAUACCUGUACAUCGGGUCAUUUGACACCGUGUUUAAAUACAAGCCAUGUGGGCAACUUGCAGCAAUAGUAUUCCAAAACAGAGUUGAAGACAACUAUUUUCCCACUGUGCAAAGGCUCAAAAUUAACAGACAACUCAAUACAAUGUUUGUAACUGACUACAGGAAUAAUAAAAUACGCAUCCUGGACCUUAAAGGAGAACAACCUAAACGCUCAAUACGUCGACCUGAACUCGCAUUUCCGACUGGUGUAAGCGUCACUACCAAGGGUCACAUCUUUGUAUGCUGCUGCAAGAACUCCGUAAUCAUGCACGUUAAUGACACAGACGAAGAUGCUAACAUUAUAGCGACACAUGCCGAUGGUGUGUACAGACCAGAGGCGAUCCAUUUCGACGAAAAAACAAAUUCUCUUAUUGUUGGACAAAGCGGGGAUAAUUUGAUUGUUUUCUUCCUCGAAUUUUGUGCUGCAUAGGCAAUGUUCAGUUGAUGCAAAACAAAGAAAUUUAUUUUAAAAAUCGACAAUUUUGCUGAAUAAUGUUUUGUAAAGCGAUACACAUAUUUUUAGCCCACCUGUCACGAAGUGACAUGGUGAGCUUAUGUGACCAUGUGAUGUCCGGCGUCCGUAUGUGCGUGCGUCCGUCAACAAUUUGUUUGUGUAGACAGUAGAGGUCACAGUUUUCAUCCAAUCUUUAUGAAAUUUGGUCAGAAUGUUCAUAUUGAUGAAAUCUGGGUUGGGAUUGUAUUUGAGUCAUCUGGGGUCAACAACUAGGUCACUAGGUAAAAAACUAGGUCAAAUAAGAGAAAAACCUUGUGUAGACAAUAGAGGUCGCAGUUUUCAUCCAAUCUUUAUGAACUUUGGUCAGAAUGUUUAUCUUGAUGAAAUCUGGGCUGGAAUUGUUUUUGGGUCAUCUGAUGUCAAAAACUAGGUCACUAGGUAAAAAACUAGGUCAAAUAAUAGAAAAACCUUGUGUAGACAGUAGAAGUUACAGUUUUCCAAUCUUUAUAAAAUUUUGUCAGAAUGUUUAUCUAGGUGAAAUCUGGGUUGGGAUCGUAUUUGGGUCAUCUGGGGUCAACAACUAGGUCACUAGGUAUAAAACUAGGUCAAAUAAGAGAAAAACCUUGUGUAGACAAUAGAGGUCGCAGUUUUCAUCCAAUCUUUAUGAACUUUGGUCAGAAUGUUUAUCUUGAUGAAAUCUGGGUUGGAAUUGUUUUUUGGUCAUCUGAGGUCAAAAACUAGGUCACUAGGUCAAAAACUAGGUCAAAUAAUAGAAAAACCUUGUGUAGACAGUAGAAGUCACAGUUUUCCAAUCUUUAUACUGACUAAUGGGGUUAUUUACCCUCGGGACUUCGGUUAAAAACCAUUGCCCGAGCACACUGCUUAACAUAGAACUCUGCAUAAAAAAGCCGAAAACGGCCAUAAAAUGGACAGCCCGAUUUUACUGGGCUGUACCAUUGGUAUAAAUAUAAAACUUUGCAGUGUUGGUGCGGUGCCUUAAUAAAAAUCUAUUGGUUUAAAAAUAUAUAACCUUUAUAUGAAGCGUUAAAAAGACGCAGUGCUUUACAGUGGAUAGGCCUAACGCUGUUAAAAAGCGGCGUUUUAAUUGGUUGAUGCGCUUAUAAAACGAUGGCGCUGAUUGGCCGAAAUUUCUUAUUAAGGAUUGCCAGUAGGUCAAUCCGUUUAAAAAUAGAUUUUCCCACGGCUGACUUAGUACUUUAAGAAAAAGUAAACAAUAAUAGUUUAUAUGCAAAAAUAUAAAUGAAAGAAAAGGAUGAGUUAAUCCAAAAGAACUUGGGAG